AUGCGGGUUGUUGAACCAGAGCAGGCAGGCGGCGGAAGGAAUCUGCGUGCGCCGCGGAGAGCGCGAGGGAAAACAGCGGAGGGUGCGGCCGUAAUUCCACGCCAGAGGCAACCUGUUGGCGGCGACAGAGGGGGCGGUGGAGCCCGCGGUCGAUGCGGCUGGAGGCGGGCACGUGCCGCCCCCGCCCCCGCCCCCGCCCCCGCCCCCGCUCCACGUGUCACGCACAGCUCCCUGCACCCCGGGGGCGGCGCGCGCUUACAAUCGGGCCCGUCGGCCGCCACCGGCUACGUGGAGUGGCACGCGCCCGACCGGCCGGACGCGCUGCUGCUGCCCGAGUACGACUUCGUGGUGGUGGGCGGCGGCACCGCGGGCUCCGUCGUCGCCGCCAGGCUCUCGGAGGUCCCCGGCUGGACGGUGCUGCUGCUGGAGGCCGGCAUGGACGAGUCUGUGCUGACGGACAUCCCCAUCUUCGUGGGCUACUUCCAGCUGACCAACUACAACUGGGGCUACCGCGUGCAGCCGCAGCAUGGCGCCUGCCUCGCCAUGAGAGACCGCCGCUGCGAGUGGCCGCGCGGCAAGGCGCUGGGCGGCACCUCCGUCAUCAACUACAUGAUCUACACCAGGGGCCACCCCGGCGACUACGACUCGUGGCGCGACAUGGGCAACCCCGGCUGGGGCUACCGCGACGUGCUGCCCUACUUCAAGAAGUCCGAGAACGCCCGCCGGCUGCGCACCAAGGACGCGGGCUUCCACGGCGAGGACGGCCCGCUGGACGUGGAGACGCCGACGUUCCGCACGCCGCUGGUGGAGGCCUUCCUGGACGCGGCGGCCGAGGCGGGCUACCCGUCGCGCCGCGACUACAACGGCGCGCGCCACGACGUCUUCGGCUACGUGCAGUCCAACACGCGGCGCGGGUCGCGCUGCUCCGCCAACAAGGCGUUCGUGCGGCCGGCCGCGCAGCGCCCCAACCUGCACGUCGCGCUGCACGCGCACGUCGCCGGCGUCGACGUGGAGGCCGGCCGCGCCGCCGCCGUGCGCUUCCUGCGCGGGGGCCGCAUGCUGCGCGUGCGCGCCAGGAAGGAGGUGAUCCUGUCGGCGGGCGCGCUCAACACGCCGCAGCUGCUGAUGCUGUCCGGCAUCGGUCCCGCGGAGCACCUGCGCUCGCUCGGCAUCCCCGUGGUGGUGGACGCGCCCGGCGUGGGCGAGAACCUGCAGGAGCACGUCACCUACCUGGGGCUCACCUUCCUCGUCAACGACAGCGUCGCCUUCGUGGAGAGCCGCAUGCAGCAGCCGGCCGUCAUCCUGCAGUACCUCUUCAACGGCACCGGCCCGCUCACCGUGCCCGGCGGCGUCGAGGCCGUCGGCUACGUCCACACGCCGCUCCACGACGACCCGUACGGCCGGCCGGACGUGGAGCUGCUGUACGCGUCGGGGUCGCUCAACUCUGACGGCGGCGGCGCCCUGCGGAAGGGCUUCGGCAUCAGCGACGACUUCUACGAGCGCAUGUACCGCUCCGUCGACAACAGGGACUCCUGGACCAUCUGGCCGCUGCUCAUGCACCCGCGCAGCCGAGGACGGGUGCGGCUGCGCACGGCGAACCCGCUGCACUGGCCGCUGUUCGAGGCGAACUUCUUCUCGGACGAGCGCGACCUGCGCGUGCUGGUGGCGGGCAUCAGGGAGGCGCUGCGCAUCGCCGGCCGGCCGCCGCUGCAGAGGUUCGCGUCGCGGCUGCACGCCACGCCGGUGCCCGGCUGCGAGCACCUCGGGGGCGGCGGCGGCGGCGGCGGCGGCGGCGGCGAGGAGCCGGACGAGUACUGGGAGUGCGCGGCGCGCCGGCUGUCGGGCACGCUGCACCACCAGUCGGGCACCUGCAAGAUGGGCCCCGCCAGCGACGCCGCCGCCGUCGUCGACGCGCGCCUGCGCGUGCGCGGCGUCGCGGCGCUGCGCGUCGCCGACGCCUCCAUCAUGCCCACCGUGCCCACGGCGCACACCAACGCGCCCACCUACAUGAUCGGCGAGAAGGCCGCCGACAUGGUCAAGCAGGACUGGGGCGCCAUCCCGGCCCCGGAGACCACGUCUGCCCAGCCGGUGACGGCGGCGCGGGCUCAGCAGCCCUAGGCGACCCGCCUCCCGUACUACACCCGUCACCACUCGAUCUUUGUCAUUCUCGGCACUUCAGAAAUAUAGCAUAAGAUAGCCGUGAAGAGAGAUCGAAACUGCAUUAAAGGACGAGACUCAAACUUACACUGAUGAGAGGCGACACAGAAUUCGAUAUUUUUAUGUAAGGAAUCAGUGUCGAAAAUUAAUACUUAGAUCCAUUAUCAAAUGUAAGCGCUAGCCACGCAAAGUGUAAAUAUAUACACGAUCUCUUUCGGCCCCUAGCUGUUCAGUUCCAAAUGUAGAAACAUACAAGUACCUAAAAUACUGACAGAUCUUCAUUGGUCGGCAGGAUACAAGUCCAAUUUUGGCACUUUAACACGACUCACUUACAUCCCUCAACAUGAAGGCUAUUUACAUUUGUGCAUCUUCAGGCCAAACACAAAAAGAUAAUCCCCCUUAAAAUAAUCAAAAUAGACUUAUAUGCUUUUUAUUAAUAAAGGAAAUGAAUUUCCUCUAUUUAGUCCGUGAUCACUGUGAAUAUUUUAUAG